AUGUACAAAAACGGAAACACUAAAAGAGUAAAAAUACAAACCUAAAAUUUUUUUGCUUUUGCUACUGACAAAGUUACCAACUAUGAAGAAAAAUGCUUUUAGAAACACCAACUUCUAAUGAGGCUGUUAUUAAUACUUUUUAUUGUAGAUAGAUAAGAACAAAAUAAACAAUUAAUCGAAGAUAUAGCAUAAUAGAAAUUUGA